ACUGUAUGAAUAGAUAAUAUUUUUUCGCCGCAAACUGUGUUAAAAAAAUAUUUAUCAAAAAGCUUAUGAAAAAGACCAAUUUUAAAGAGUCAUUCAAAAUAACAAAAAGUUAUGGGGAUUAAACUUAUCCUAUAUCUCGUCAGAUAUCUUUUUGAAAGCAUGUUAUAUUAGCUAUCGAGUUCACAAAUGUAUAUCCAUCAAACUAAAAUACUUGGAAAAAGUACCUUUUUUUUUACUGAAUGAAACAGUUUCUGCUUACUCAAUGUCCGACGAAAGCCAGAUUUAUGUUACUAAAGUCAGUGUUGCAGAAGUGGUUAAGCGAAAAAAACCAAGCAAGCAUUAUGUUUAUGUUAUUAAUGUUCUUUGGUCUGAUGGGAAACAACAAGUCAUUUGUAGACCUUAUUGCAAGUUUUUUGAUCUUCAGGCUUGUUUAUCUGAAGCCUUUCCAGUAGAGUCUGGAGAAGUUCAUCCAUCUCAAAGAAUAAUACCUCUUUUGCCAGGAAAAAUUUUGUUUGGAAGAAGUGAAGUGAAAAAUGUUGCAAACAAAAGGAAAGAUCUACUAACAGAAUACCUUCAAGAUAUUGUUUCUUUACCAGAGAAGAUCUCACGUAGUAGCUUUGUGAUUGAUUUCUUUGAAGUUACUGCUGAUGAUAUAAAAAAUUUGACAAAAAAGGCAACUAUAAAAAAAAAAGAAAAGACAGCAAAUAAUAUAUCUGAUCCAUUUCGCCUCGAACAAUACACUGUUGUAGAAGCAUUUAAGAAAUCAGAGCGAAAUCAGAUUGGAUUGGCAAUAGGCGAUGUGGUGGAUGUUAUUGAAAAGCAUGAGAAUGGUUGGUGGUUUGUCAGCCUUGAAGACGAGCAAGGAUGGGCACCAGGUUCUUAUUUAGAACCAGUUAGUGGUAGUAAAGAUUCAAUGGAAGAAUCAGUUUAUGGCAAGGAGGAAAAGUUUAUUUGCACAAAGCCAUAUAAAGCAUUGCAACCUGAUGAAUUAUCACUGGCUUUGGGAGAUGUUGUAUUUGUUUUGGGAAAGUGUUCAGAUGGCUGGUGGAAUGUUAGGUUAAAAAGUGAUCUAGAAAAAAAUUAUGAUGGUUUUGUACCUGCUGUUCACCUGGAGAAAGUUCCAAAAGAAGCAGAAAACGGCAUCAUGAGGCGUUCUAAAACUGUUUUAUCCCGAGGUGUUGUUGCUCCACCAAGAAGGACAUCUCUUAAGAAAAAGAAUCCACCUGUUGAGAACGAUAAAGUCAAUGAUGGAUUAAAUAAUAAAAGAAGAGUUUCAAAAGAUGAAGGAAAAAAGAAAGCUAGACUUAUAAAAUUUACAAAACCUAUUAAACAACCAAGAAGAGUAUCUGAUGCUUCUUCAUUAGCAACAUAUUUUGCAACUUUAAAUGUCUUAUCUGAUGUUGUACCCUUAAAUGCUAAUGAAACCCAAAUGCAGCUCCCAUUGUCUCCAGCAGCAGAAAUUCAAAUUCAAAAUUCUUCAAAACCUUUAAUCCCCAAACUACAAUCUACACCAAAUGUUGAUGAGUCAAUAGAAGACCAAAAACCGCUUUCAUUUUCACCAGCAGAAGAAAUCUACAUAUCAGUUGGAAAUUAUGAUGAUAAAGAUGAAGGUAUACUAAGUCUUAAGAAAGGACAACAAGUACAUGUUUUAGAAAAGGAUGAUGGAGGUUGGUGGUAUGCCAAAGUUGAUAAUAUAUCCGGUUGGGUACCAUCAAAUUUUUUAAAAUUAAUUAAAUCAGCUUAAAAAAAACAAUUAUUUUAA